GAGAAGGCGCCAGAACGGGAGGCCGCUCGCGCAAGGCCAGUAUGUCACAAUGCAGCUGCCGCCCGCCAGCAGCGACCCCAGCAACCGGCCCCCGCCGGCUGCGGCCCGCAGAGAGCCAACCGCUGCCGCUGGGCUGAGUCCGCCAAGGCGUACCCAGGCAGCCGGCCGGGGCAAAGACCAGGGGCCGCGUCAUGCCCGCCGGUACCCCCAGAGCCUCCCUAGGAGCAGCCGCUACGGGGAAGAGGAUGAUAUUUACAGGCCCAGAUGCUAUUCGUGAUUACAGAACAAAGCUCCCUGAGAAUCCUCGCUACAUCGGAGCAACCACUCCAGCACAAGGGGCCACGAGUGACCUUGAGUACUUGUGGCGUACUGCCCCCUGGACGACUUCUAUAUUGCCCCACAAACAUUCCUAUCCUGGACAAAUUGGCUGGGGAGUAACAGAAUUUAGUUAUCUUAACAGAGGAAAUCUGCUCAGUGGCAUGCAAAUUAAGACUGGAGAAUUCCGUCAGGCUGCUGAAGAUGAGAUAACUCAUCGUUACCAGAAUCCAUGGCAGCCUCCACCCAGUAUUCUUGAUCUACAAGGCUGCAACACUAGGGACAGGCUUGCUUGGAAUUGCACUGACUAUGACAACUUCUAUCAUGCAAAGAGAAAAUGGGCUGCAAUGCCCAGCAACAGCUGGUCAUUAAGGGGAUCUGCGCUUCCAAGGUUAAAGCAAAGACCAGUCCAUCAAAAUCAAACUAAUUCAGCUCUGCACGCUCCUAGAUAUGAAGGCAAGAAGCGUUUGCAGUAAGUCACAUUGCAGAGUACAUCUGACAGGAAGAGGCAGCAAUUAGACACGCAUCAGGAGCAAGUAACUUUAGGUCACAUUAAGUAUAUUUCUCAAGUUCAAUGAGUAAAAAACCCUGCCUUUUUUAAAGCAUAUGGAUUUCUUAACACUGUCCUAGAAGUUUCAAUUUCCUUUGGUAUUUUAUGCUAAUGUACAACAAAUUUUGCUAAUUAAAGUCUAAGGCAGAAGAGAGCUGUGCUUGGUAGGCAAGAUGACGUUCUUUUGAUGUUCUUUAGCAGCAUAAAUAAAUAUUUUAACAACCAUUCUUUCAGUUCAUAAUCGUUCUUAUAUACUUGAGAAUAGACCAUGGACCAACUGUUUAAUUUUUUGGGUAGUAGGAAAAGGAGAUACCUUCUCACGACACAGUGCUAGCUAAGGUGAACUGACAACAGCUUAACUUAAUAUUUUCACUAAAUACCCAAAUCACAGGAGAGGAUCACAAAUCACAGGCGAGGAACAUGGUAUGAGCUAGGAGAACACAUUCUCUAUGCACCCCCAAAUGCAUUAAUCCAGGGAAUCCAUUAAUGCAGUGGUUCUCAACCAGGGGUAAGGGUACCCUUGGGGAUACGCAAAGGUCUUGUUUAUACUGCUCUAUACACUGAAAUCUAAGUACUAUAUAUAUAUUUGUUUAUUUUCCAAUUGAUUUAUUUUAUAAUUAUAUGGUAAAAAUGAGAAAGUAAGCAAUUUUUCAGUGAUAGUGUGCUCUG